UAAGGCCUCUCUUUUGGAAUGUUAGGGAAACCCCCAAUACCCUAGUCUAGACUUUUACUAUAGCUACACUUAAGUAAUAAAAUUAAGAAAUAGUUGUAAUGUUCUAAUUUGAUUAUGGGUGCUCAAGGUUUAUGACGAUGGGCUUGGGCUCGAAGUGACACAACGGGUCACUGAACGUAACCACGGUCACAGGAGGGACGUGUACCUAACAGAGGUACGAAAUAAUUAUAUAGCUCUCCUUAAAAACAAAGAUUGACACGAGAGGUGGGGAGAGGACUAUAUAAGGGCAGUUUCACAUGGACUGUGAUUGAGUGUAUUCAGAGGAGUAUUACUUGCACGUGAAGUUUCGCCAGGAUCGUGUAUCACGUGGAUUCGUUAUCGAACCUGAAUUAAUUGUCAUCGAUAUCUCCAAUAUAAGUUGUAACAACUAUGGCAAAUUCGAGUGAAGAUUCGUCAAAUUCCAACAUUAACCAGACAUCACGAAUGGUAUUACUGCUGCUUACAACGAUGCAAGACCAGAUGGCUAUAAUGCUCGACUUAAUGGAGAUGCUAAUGCAAAACUCGAGUGCGAAACCUAAAACUUUAACGCUACCGCCUUUUAACCCCGAUAUCGCGGGCGCCAAUCCAGCCACAUGGUGCGCAACUGUUGAUUUGCUUAUGAAGGACAACCCUCUACAAGACCUCGCACUAGUUUUUGCCUUAAAUGAUGCUCUAAAGGGUUCUGCAGGGCAUUGGUUUACGCAGAUGAUACGCAACGAAGAGUUUACCUGGCCAACGUUUAGGAGGAUGUUUACUGAACGUUCUGGUGGCCAAGAUACAGCAACCUCGACGUUACUGAAUAUAUUCAGGCAACAACCACAGAAGGACGAAAACAUGGCAGAGUACGCCAUUCGCCUCCGUUCCCUCCUAAAGGCGAAGUGGCCAGAUGCAACUAUGGAUGAAGUAAUUAACGCUAUCAUUCUUUGUCAAGUGAGCCCACAAGAUCGGCGCAUUGAACGAGUAGCACUUGAGAAGGAUAUGAAGACCGAGAACGAAUUUCUAAGUGAAAUGAGAGUUCUCGCUUUCGCGGAGAGGCCGGCGUCUUCGACAAGUAAUACAUCAACGGGCUCCGAUGUCAAACGAAGCAGGCCACCAGAACCCCGGACUAAGUGCUACCACUGCGGUAACUACGGACAUAAAAGAGCGGAGUGCCGCAAGAGGAUGAAGAUCGAAGAACAGAAGAAUAUACAGUCGUCUUAAAGGAAGCCGACCAGCUACAUCGAUCAGCUAUAACGAUGGCAAAUUUGAGUGAAGGUCUGGUCUAUCUGGUCUUCGAUCGAUCUUCACGGUACGCAGAAACAACGAGACUCCAUCGAAAGCGUAAACUGUGUUCUUGCUCAGCAUCCUGUACGAGCAUAGGAGGUGAAUCGCAGUCUAAUCGGUCCGGGAAACUUGAGUUAAAAGGAGUGAAUUGAACGCGUGGACCGAUCCCAAGUAGAAGUGAACUCUUUGAAGCGUUUGCAAGCACGGCACGAAAAGCAUCGAGAAACGCUUUUACUGCGUUUCAGUCGAACCGAAAUAACACGUUCUCUUGCUGAUUAAUUAACCGACCUUGCUAGAGACCCUGAGAAACCACGCAAGUGGCUGUUCCUUUGUGAUUUCGUGUUUCAUAAAACGAUGGUUCUCUGUAGGAUACUUUGUUGAUUACGCCUGGGUAGAUAAUAUCUUUUUCCGCGUAUUUUCUUUUUUCUUUCCGCGUGAGAAAAUGUGAAUCUGGAUCUUUUAGACGCAUAUAGAUCGAAUACUAGUUUCUAUCGUCGAUUUAGAACGAAGGUUGAGAGAUAACGAGCAAACGAGCAACAGCCAAAAUUUACGUCGAUAAUGAAUCCAAUUUCGACCAAUGAUACAUUAAUCAACGUAAUGGAGAGUCGGUCCUUAGUUGUAUGCGAUGCUAAACAAUGCGCAGUGUGUCGAUAACAAUGCAUCGCUCGUUCGUUAUUUGGCGGUUUCCGGUGACACGAAUUUGAUGGACUGUAGAACAGUUGACAGUAUGCAUGAAUAUUACAACGAAUGCCAUGGUUCGGAGCUAUAGAUCGUUUCGAUCAUGCCAAAUUGGGUUGUUAAGGCUACCGAUAUCUUGAAACACAAUAUUUGGGUUGUUCACGAUGUUCAUUCAUGAUUGGGUGUUCUUCACACGAUCACUACCACGUUACUAUCAUACGCUUUGUAUUGAAUUCCUAUUCAGCCUGAAUGCGUUCUCGGUCCAAUUUGUUAAUUUAUCCUUUCAGCUGAGACAAUUUUUUUAAAGAAUAAUUUAAAAUUCAAUACAUAUAAUAAUAUAAAUAAUAAAUAAAUUAUAUAAAUAAAAAGAAGAUAGUAAACUCCACUGUUUUCAUUUCAUAACGUUUUAAUAUAUUAUAAUAUUGUAUAGUUCAAACAUCAAGGAUCAGAUCGUUUAUUAUUUAGAAUUGUUUCUCUAGUUUUAUUACAAUAAAAGUAAAUAAAGUAAGCAAAUUACCUUUUCCUCGCAGCAAAUUCUGCAUGAAAAGAAACCUGUAUCAAUCUUAGAGUCUCGGCGGAUUAAAUAUAGCCGAUAUGCCAUAUUUACUCUGCUGCAAGCUACAAUUUAUCUUUAUUAUUCCAAUUCAAGCGAACGUUUCAACGUUUAUUAUGUUUACUCUGUCUCACCAGGGGAUGAAAGAAAUAGAAAUGAUCGAUGUCACAAAGGAACGUCGUCAUUGCAAUACCACGUACAAUCUUUUAAAAGAAGAUAUAACCUGAUCGCAUUUUUAUUCUAAAUAUUCCUGUCAUUCAUCCUUCAUUUUCUCUAAUCUCUGAAUUAAAUAUACGUACACCUGAAAUGCAUACAUUUAAUCGUUAUAGUAUAGCCAGAAUAAAUUUUUAUAUUUCUUGCAAAAGUUUACCAAAAAUUGUCCGUAAAAGCUUUUUCCUUCAUAUUUUCUCUAUUCUAAAUAUUCCUCCAUUCUUCAUCUACUCCAUAGUUAGCAAACUGUCAACUGUCAUCACAACUUUUCCACGAUACAAUGAAUUAAUGUCCAAGGUCGCCACCCGUUCGGCUACCCUUAAAACACAGUAAAUUCAUUUGGCCAGUGUUCCAGCAACCACGACUCAUGUCGUGGCUGAGGCUGAACAUGUUUAACCAUAAUAACCGCUAACGACUGAGAGUUUCCACAGCGGAACUUCCGGAAACGAGGCGUUCGCCUUGCUAGGGGAAACGACCUAACCGGCUGGCUAAGCUGAAACGCUAAAUGCCGAUUACAGGCCGGCCAACAGUUCGGAAUUUCUCUUGGAAACUUUCCACAGGUUUCCAACCAAGGAUUACCUUGGGGACGCGGCGAUUCUACAGGAAUCCAUGACGAUUUCAUCGUUGGUGCAACGCGGUUACCGAAGAAAUUGGGAAAUAGAAACGGUAGAACACUUUUUCUCCCGGUCGAUGGUUCGUUUCCAUGUAAUUCGAGUUUUAUAUAUUUUUAUUUUUUGAUGACGUAAACUCUCUCUUUGAAUAUGAAGCUUUUAUAAAACACCCUUUUUUGGUAAUCUAUUUUUUUGGGGGGAGAGGCAAAUUUUUUCGGAUUUGACGGUUCUCUUUGAUAGAAUCCUAUUUUAUGCAUUUAUUUUUCGAUAGCGUGAGCUGCCUCUUUGCCUAUGAAAUUUUUUUAAACACUUUCGGCAAGUAUUUUUUAAAUUGGAAAUUCUGUUUCAUACCAUCUUGUGACUAUAACACAUUCUAACGUUCUAUGCUCUGUUUAUGAAAAUAGAAGAUAACAAUUCUUUAACGUAGACAAAUGAUAUUAUACUGACAUCGUAACGAUUUCAGCAUCCCGCACGCUGCUACAAAUAACUGAAAAGAUCAUCGUCUUCGUUAUAUCCAAUCUUAUCUCGUUCUCCUACCUCAUUCUCUUCUUUUCCACCACAUUAAUAUUAAUUUCCCUUCGGGUGAGAUCAAAUGUAUCGCGAGCCAUCAUUUAAUUACAAUCUCGAAACGCUGUCGAUAUUCUCUGCUCUAACAACGUAUAUUUCAGCUGUGCAAGGCAGUGGUAAUGCCAGAAUAAGCGUGUAUCCAAGGUGGCAAGCAAUUAGUACGUUAUUUGAUGGACAAAUACCGAUUAACCAUUCCGAAGUGCCAGAGGGUGAGAAAGGGGAGUCAACAAGAAUGGCUGGUGGGUGAAGAGUAACCGAGACUUUGUUAAAGUCAUAGUCCAGACCGGAGAUUGUACGCAACCGGACCUGGCUUUUCGCAAGUUCCAUCAAAACGAGAUAUUCUCUUCAAUUAUGGAAUAAUAUACGAUGUUUGGAAUCCUCUGUUUGAAAUACGACCCUGUGAAAGAAAUACUAAUAUAUUUCUACGACAGUAAUAUUAUUAUAAAUUUGAUAUUUACAAUCUUAUCUAUCUUUGAUAUUAGGAGAUGUUAAUGCGGUUGCUUUGCGAGAAAAUUUCAGCGAUUUAUAUUAAGUGUAACAUUAAGAAUAACAACGGAAAUAUAUAAACACUUUAAUGCUCGGUACAUUUAUCUAUAAACAAACAUCUGU